AAGUAAAUCUAAUAUAAAUUUUUUUAAACCUACAGUCUACCUAAUCCUGAAUUAAGAAAAUCUUCCUCACCUUAAAUUUUUUCUCAUAAAAAAAGAGGUUGAAACGAGAAUGAGGAGAAGCGACACAAACAAGAGAGAAGAGAAAGGAUCAUUUAUUUGAAAGAAAAACAAGGAAAAAGUCCAAACAGCAAGUCUCUAUUACUAAUUUUCUCCUCCAAGAGACGAGUUGGUUGUUUCGUUGUUCUUUCUUCUCUUCUUCCCCGAACCAAGAAAAACUUUAAAAAAGUCAAUAUCACUAUCUUCAUAUAUCUAAAUCCCCUAUUCAAUCCAAAACAUGUCCAAAGUUCAAAAGGCAAGAGUCAUCGGAUAUGGGUAACUGCUUUGGAACUCAGGUUGAUCAUCAUAGCCAAUGCACCACAAAGCCAUCCAGCCCAGAAGAAACCAAAAAACUAAAAGACAGCAAACAAAAUGGAUUGCCGGCUACAAGAAACAAAGAGAGCGCUGAAGAUAACGGGACUUUUAGGGAAGGAAGAAGCAAGGAGCAAGAAACAACGCCCGCAAGUGGAAAGAUUGUCAGCACCACCUUAAAAAUAUUCACUCUAGCGGAACUUAAGGCUGCCACCAGAAAUUUCAGGCCAGAUACGGUGCUAGGGGAGGGAGGUUUUGGUAGAGUCUUCAAGGGUUGGGUUGAUGAGAAAACCUACGAUCCCUCAAAAGUCGGCGUUGGCAUGGCUGUCGCCGUUAAGAAAUCAAAUCCAGAUAGCUCUCAAGGGUUACAGGAGUGGCAGGCAGAGGUUAAAUUCUUGGGCAAGUUUUGCCAUUCGAAUCUCGUAAAGCUCUUGGGAUACUGUUGGGAGGAGAAUCAGUUCCUCCUUGUCUAUGAAUACAUGCAAAAGGGGAGCUUGGAAAACCACCUCUUCAGAAUGCCAGCAGGAGCAGCAGAGCCUCUAACAUGGGAAACGCGGCUUAAAAUAGCCAUCGGGGCUGCUCAAGGCUUGGCUUUUUUGCAUACAUCAGAGAAGAGUGUAAUCUACAGGGACUUUAAAGCCUCCAAUAUUUUGCUGGAUGAGGCCUACAAUGCAAAACUUUCAGACUUCGGGUUGGCAAAGUUGGGUCCAAUCAAUGGCAACUCCCAUAUCACCACACGGGUUAUGGGCACUUAUGGUUAUGCAGCUCCAGAAUAUGUUGCCACAGGUCAUCUGUAUGUUAAAAGUGAUGUAUAUGGCUUCGGAGUCGUGCUGCUGGAGAUGUUAACAGGUCUAAGGGCCCUGGAUACAAAUCGUCCCAGCGGUGAGCACAAUUUGGUGGAAUGGGCAAAACAUUCACUGACUCAGAAGAGAAAGCUCAAGAAAAUAAUGGACCCAAGGCUACAAUACCCUCUCAAUGCCGCAUUGCAAGCCGGUGAACUUAUUUUAAAGUGUCUGGAAUCUGAUCCUAAAAAUCGUCCAUCCAUGGAAGAGGUGCUGGAGACGUUACAAAAAAUCAGUGCCAUGGAUGGAAAACCUAAAGAGAGUAAAGAUAGCACAUCGCAGCGAAAGGCUAAGGGCCAAGAGGUACAUUCUAGGAAGGGUGGUGCCGGCAGUCGGAACACGAAUGAUAAAAGCUCCUCCACAGUUAGGUCACACCGAUAACUAUGGUGUUACUUGAGGCUUAGUUUUAAGCCAAAAUCAAGAGCAUGGAGUACUAAUCACAAUGACAAAUUUCCUGCACUCAAGUCUCCAAGCAAAUUAUUCACUGUUAGUCAACUCACGUUCUUGUAUUGGGCCUUAUGCAUCGGGAUUUACUUAUAACCAAAGAAAGUUCUGGGCUCGAAAACGUCAUUGGUACAAUUUGGGGGUUUGGCAAUUCCCCAUUAUGCUUAACCAAAGUUUUCGAGUUUUAUUCCUUGUAACUAAAGUUUUCUUGUUUUUAUCUUCCCAAAAUUUUCGUUAUGGAGCGGGAUUCUUUUUGUCUCUUAUGUAGAAAAGGAAGCCAACUUUUUGGUGAAACACUUCCACUUGGUUUUUGCCACUUUGGAAACAACAAAUGGAAGUCGGCUGU